UUUUUUUUACAAACUAAGGUUAGAAUGAAGAGCUCUCUCUUGUAGUUGUGUUGUGAAGCUUAGGAAUGGAUGAUUGUGUUAUUUUAUGCUUUGAUUCUAUGUUCUCAUAAAGGUUUUUUUCUUUUGUCUUUGUCUUUACCUCACCUUUUCAUGGAUACCCUUGUAGACUGUUGCAGCAUCACUCUAUAGUUGGUGCACCCACUGGUCACUCUAUAUAUAUAUACACAUUGCAAUGCAUAGUCACAAGUUUCAUUCUAACUCUACCAUACCCUUUUGGGUGUAAAGGGGCAUCACCAUCCUACAUCUUCUUCAUUGUAGUAGCUGGGAUUGUUUGUGCUUCUCCAAUUUCUUCAAACAAUAAAAUGAGUCAUGCACAUUCUCAUACUGGUUCUGGCAGCAGAAUGACUCGAGGUACUUUUGAGUUUGGGAAGACAUAUGUUGUGAGACCCAAAGGUAAACACCAAGCCACUAUAAUUUGGUUGCAUGGUCUUGGUGACAAUGGUUUGAGCUCAUCUCAGCUUUUGGAAUCCCUUCCACUUCCAAAUAUAAAAUGGAUUUGUCCAACUGCUCCCACCCGUCCUGUGGCAAUACUUGGUGGUUUUCCCUGCACAGCAUGGUUUGAUGUGGGAGAACUUUCAGAAGAUGGCCCAGAUGAUUGGGAGGGUUUGGAUGCCUCAGCAACACACAUUGCUAACUUGUUGUCAACAGAGCCAGCUGAUGUGAAAGUUGCUAUUGGAGGGUUCAGCAUGGGUGCUGCAAUAGCCCUGUACUCUGCAACUUGUUUUGCCAUAGGAAGGUAUGGAAAUGGCAUUCCCUACCCUCUCAAUCUAAGAACAGUGGUUGGACUCAGUGGUUGGCUUCCAGGAUCAAGGAGCUUAAGGAACAAGAUAGAAGUAUCACAUGAAGCAAGAAGACGAGCAACUUCAUUACCCAUUUUGUUGUGCCAUGGAAUCAGUGAUGAUGUGAUCCUUUACAAAUAUGGUGAAAAAUCAGCUCAAUCUUUAUGCUCAUCAGGGUUUCGAUAUGUUGCAUUCAAAUCCUAUGAUGGGCUUGGUCAUUACACAAUUCCCAGAGAGAUGGAUGAAGUUUGCACUUGGCUUAGUUCAAAGUUGGGGCUUGAAGGGUCCUCAUAAGUUGCAUAAAAUAAUGUAUCAGUUGUAUGCAAACAAAUUAUUCUAUUUAAGAGAUUUUGAGAUUAUAAAAUAUUCUGUUUUUAACC